AAAUAAUCACUAUUUUCUCAUUAGAGGCCAUCAUCUUGUUCCUUCAUCAAGUUAGGGUUCGCAGAGCUUUCACUGAUACACAACAUAUAUCGGAAAUUCGUCCCUUUUCAAUCCAUCUACUACAAAAUCGAAAUCGAAACUCUUCGCUCUUCAAAUUUCCCAAUCCAUUCGUUCCCGUAUUAGGUGCAAAUCGUAAAAUAAUCAAAAAAUGGGUGGCCAUGGCGGUUUGAAUAUCCUCCCUCAAAAACGCUGGAACGUUUACAAUUUCGAUAACAGAGAAAAAGUCCGCAAAGAUGAAGAAGCCGCCGCCAAAGAAGAACAGCUCAAACGCGAACAAUCUCGUAAACGUGACACGGAAGUCCGUCUUGAACAACUCCGUGUCGCUAAAGGUUUAGCACCGACAAUUCCGCCACCUGAAUCCGAACCUGAAGCCAAACCUAAAUCAGAAGCUAACCCUGAAAUUGAAGCCGAAGCCGGUGAUUUAGGUCAUAUUAAUCUUUUUAAAGGAAUUAAGAUUUUUGAUCCAAUUCGAGUACCGAAAAGAGAGAUUGUUGAUGAAAAGGAGGAAUUGAAGAAGAAUUAUAAGAAGUUGAAGAUGAGGAAAGAGCCUGGAGAGACGGUUCGUGCUGUUGGACCAGAAGAUGAGAAAUAUAAAUUAGGUUAUGGUGUUGCUGGGAAAGGGGUUGAAUUGCCUUGGUAUGUUCAAAAGAAGAAAUUCAAUCAUCAUGAUGAUGUUGGUGGUGGUGGAAAUGGUGGUGGUGAUAGGAAGGGUGAGAAAAGGAAGAAGACAUUGGAGGAGUUGAGGGAAGAGAGAUUGAAAAGGGAGAAGAAAGAGAAGGAGAGGGAGAGGGCCUUGAGGCGGCAUCCAAUGGAACAAAGUCGUCGAGAUGCUGUUGCAAGUGAUAGAUACUACAGCAUAUUCUACGACUUUACAGGAGAUGAUCGAGUAGGGUUCUGCACUGAGAUCUCCCAAGAUUUUCCCUUCCUCACAUGGAAAUCCUGCUAGCUUCACUCUUGAGAAACCUAUAGCAAAUUGUCGCAAGCAUUUUCACCCAAGCUUCCUCUGGUUCUUCAGAAUAUUGUGACCUUGUGAAAUACAGGAUCGGCUUGAGUGCUGGAUGAGUCUGCCUCAGUUCAUAACUUUGAUUUAAGUCUUUAUAAUAUUAUGGUCUAUCAAAUGCUUUACCUAAUGAAAAUGAAGAGUUAAUUUUCAUUUUUUUAACUUGUUAUUUCUGGUUUGGAGUUUCUUAAAGCUUGUACCGGGAGAAUUGAAUACUGAACAAAGUUUUAAUCGUUGCCUUGUACAUAAAAAAAUCAUUUUUAUUAGACUUUGUUGAUACAAAUGCUUUAAAUACAAUGCAUUAACGA